AUCGCGACGAUCCCUCCACAGUAAUGGAGACAGUGUGCAAACGUUAGCGCAGACACUGAAAGGAAGCGCUGGCGGAGUCGCGCAGUCUACAACGCACACUAAAAAGACGAGCUCCUAAUGGUGACAACAUGAAGAUGAAAUCUGCCAAGAACAAGUCUUUGCUAAACAAAGCAAAGACGGGAGAGAAACAGCACGAUGUGGUCGCAGUUAAAACGGAAUCUGAAUUAGAGGAAGUGUACACUAAUGGUGGUGAUCUGAACAUCCUAAUCAAGGAGGAACCACACACACGGGAGAUUAGUGAGGAGCACAGUGGAGACUCAUCCAGCCGUUCAGACACGAAGCCCGACACUGUGACAUCCUGCUCAGAUGUUCACCAUCAGCAGGCACACAUAAAGCAGGAGUGUGACUCUGAUCAGCCAGAAUAUGAAUUCACUGAAGCUGCUGUCAAGGAGGAGUCAGAGUCAUGGAUUAAAGAGGAGAGAGGCAGCGAAGAGGAGGCAGAGGAGGGAGAGGAGGUGUGCACAGAGUCAUCGUCUGAUUUCUUUCCAUGUCCUCACUGCUCUGUCUCUUUUACUGACUUGGACUUCUUGGAGAAGCAUGUCAAGUGGGUCCAUCAGAAACAGUAUCUUGCCAAGCUAAAAAAAUGCCUCUCAAGCCACACACUAAAUCUCAUCCCCAAACACUCCUGCACUGUCUGCGGCAGCACCUUUAACUCUAAAGUACACCUUAGGGUCCAUGUACGUGAAGCCCACCCUUCUGCCCCUCCCCGCAGGCUCCACCCUUGUCCGACCUGUGCACGCAGCUUCCAGUACCUGAAGAACCUGAAAAAUCACUGCCAGCGCUGGCACAACAUGUCUGUGGUUACCAGAGGAGGGCAUCUCAGCUGCGCCGACUGUGGGAAGAGCUUCAAAGCCACCUGGGGUCAAGGGCCUCAUUUGUGUCAUGAACCGGAUAACACAGAACCUGAGGAUAAGCCAAUCUGCCUGGACACUGGUGUGGAGUGUCCUGAAUGUGGCAAAAAGCUAUGCACACCCCAAAGCCUGGAGGAUCACAUGCGCACCCACACGGGUGACCGGCCGUUCGUAUGCAAGGAUUGUGGCAGGAGGUUCGUGGAGCGCAGCGGUUGGCGUCAACACAUGAAAAUACACAUAGGGGAGAAGCCGCACAAAUGUCAAGUGUGCGGGAAGGCCUUUUUAAGAGCACACCACCUCAAGUGCCACUUAACCACACACUCGGGCAAGAAGGAAUACUGUUGCUCCGAAUGUGGAAAGGAGUUUGGUUUCAAGUCAAGUCUGGAUCUCCACCUGAGGACGCACUCCAGUGAGAAACCGUUUCACUGCAACGUGUGCGGUAAGAACUUUAACACCCAGAGAAACCUGAGGGUUCACUCCAAAGUUCACACCAAUGAGAAGGCUCACCAGUGUGGCGACUGUGGGCUGAAGAUCGGAGAUAUCGGGGCUUUGAAAAUACACCUGCGGACACACACCGGAGAAAGGCCUUACCACUGCACAGUCUGUGGCAAUAGGUUCAUUCGUCUUUCACACCUGCGAAACCACCAGCGUACCCACACUGGUGAGAGACCCUACAAAUGCACUGAAUGUGACAAGAGUUUCACUCAGUCAGGCGACCUGGUGAAACACAAGAGGAUACACUCUGGGGAAAAACCCUUUGAAUGUCCAGACUGCCACCGCUGUUACACCUCCUCUGGUGAUCUGGGUAAGCACAGGAGGAGUCACACUAACCUGCGUCCAUACACGUGUCAAGAGUGUGGGAAAAGUUUUCGCUUGUCAGGCCAUUUGAAAACUCACAUGUUAACUCACACAGGGGAGAAGCCGUAUUCCUGCCCCAACUGCCUCCGCAGGUUCGCUCGCUCUCACCAUCUGUCUGGGCAUGUGGCUAAAUGUCGCUGACUUGAAAGGACUGUAAAUAAGCCGGGCUGGAUUUAAAGUGGUAUUUUUAGGAGCUGUAUACAUUAAUUUAGAUUUUUGUUGAUGAAUGUGUUUAAGUCAAAACUCAUAUCUGUAUAUAAUUAUUUAUAUGAUCUUUCUGUAACCACUCAGAAGACUGUUUUAACUUAUUUAAAGUAUGAAAAAAUAAAUUGAACACGUAACUCACACUGCAUGGAACUUUUUUACAGCACUAAACCAGGCCUUGUAUGAAUUUUUUUUCCAGGGUAGACACUAUUAUAGCGGGUGUUUGUAUCAGGCAGAGUUAAGUGGGACAUUUAUUUAAUGGAUGGUUUUCCCCCACAGAACAAUUCUGUAUUAUUUGUAAAUAAAAUUGUAAUAAAUUAUUUGAUGAAUGCAUGAACACUAUGUGUGAUGUUAC